AUGAGCACUAAAUAUAAAGAAAAAUCUAAAAUUGCUAACUCCCCCCCCCCCUCCGUGAGCGAACAAAAAAAUUUUGUUCGCUCACGGAGGGGGGUUAAUUUUUUUUUUUAAAAAAAAAUUUAUAUAUAAAAUUUUAUAAAAAAUAUUUUUUUCGAAAUUUAAAAAAAUCCUAAUUUGCAAAAAUUGGGAAGCAAAUAUUAAUUUAAUUUGCAAAAUUUAUGUUUUAAAACGCAAUUUGUUUAAAAUUAAACAGAAUUAGCUCUAGAUUUCAUUAUACUAAUUAUCACUUAUAUAUCAAAAUUUUUUCCAUUAAAAUUUUUUUCUAUUAAAAAAAUUUUUUUGUUCACUCACGGAGGGUGGGUUUUUGGUCAAAAAAUGGCGAUUUUUUCUAAUGGUUUUGUUCGCUCACGGAGGGGGGGGGGGGAGUAAAGAAAAAAAGUAUUCAGACAAUGAGGAAGAAGAACGUGAAAAUUUAGAAGCUAGGAAAACUGAAAUUCAAUUAGAUGCGAUACCUGUAAAUGGUUUCUAUAAGACAGAGUGCUUUUCUAACUCUCCCAGGCCGAAAAAAUUAUAAAUAAAUAUUCUAAUUUUGGUAAUAUUUUUUAAUAUUACAACUUUUAUAUAUAAUAUAUUUCAUAUGUAAUUAAUAAUUAUUUUAAUUAAAUAUAGCAAUUCUAUUUAAUUUGAUUUCUAAUAAUAAAUUUAUUAGUUUUAUAUUGAUGAUAACCUUUUUAAGCAAGCGAAUUGAAAAACUUUAAUUUUAAAAUAAUUUUCCGAAAAAGCAAUAUAAAUAAAAUAGCUAAUCUCUAAUCUUAUUAUGAAUGGGCCAAAAAGUUUUCCUAAUUCUCAGGGAGGGAGUAAAGGCUCUAUUAUGGUAUGCAAAGAUAGAAAUCAGUUAAUGACCAUGAUUAAGACGAUGUGCAGCAACGAUAACACUAUAGUAAGAGGUGUCUUAAAGCAUGGUCUCAUGUGCAUAUUCCAUUGUUAUUUUGCUAACAUACACAAAUAUAUGAGGUUUCCUUCAUUCGCACCUGAAACUCCUUGUCCAUUUCGUAUGGUUUGAUGCGCCAGAAAGAAUAAAUCACAUUUAACUGAGUUUUAUUGUAAAGAAAUAAACCCUUACCACAACCACCCACAAUUUACACAAUCAGAAAUUGAAAGAUUCACCGACAACUCUUCUAUGCCUGCUAAUAUUAAAGAUGAAAUUAUGCAGUUGUAUAAGCAAGGAUUUGAUCAACUAAAUAUUUAUGCAGCACUUAAAGAAAGCUACCCAAACCUUAAUCUUACUCACAAAGCCAUUAAUGUGUUUAUAGAAGGAGAGAACAGGAAAACCAGACUUGCCAUGACUUAUCAGGAAGUUAUUUUGAGAAAUAUUGCUGAAGAUGGAAUGACAAUAAUAAAUAAUCCUAACUCUUUCUUACAAAUAUUUUACUAACUCCCCCCCAUUCUUGGUCGAACGAUUGACUGUAAAAAUUCCUAAAAAUUGGAAAAUUAACCCCCAUCCUUGAUCGAACGAUUUUCAUAUCAUGCAAAUUUUUAUAUAUAUAUAAAAAUAUUAGUUAUCAAAAGCUUGGGAAGAUGUACAUAAUGAAGUUGUUUUCAGAGACUUUGAGACGACAGAAAGCUUCGGAAUCAACCAUCCGAAGUGAUUUAGUCAUCAAACUAGGCUUAAAACUCAAUAAUCUAAUAAAAUAGAGAUUCUUUAAAAUUUUUAAAAAAAAAUUUAAUUUAAUAAGGAACAAAUUAAAAUUUAUAGGGGUAACUAAUAAAUAAAAAUAUUAAAAUUGGUAUUCUUAUGAAAUUAAUUAAAUUUUUUGCUGUAAAAAUAAUUAUUAAACUCUUAACACUCUUAUUUAAAAGUAAAUAAAAAAAAAUAUAUAUAUAUAUUUUAUUUUAUAUAUAAAAUUUUUUUCCCAAAAAAAUUUGUUUUUAACCCCCAUCCUUGAUGGAACGAUGGCGAGUCGUUCGAUCAAGGAUGGGGGAGUAAUGUAAUUAAUAUUUUAUGUUAAAAUAAUUUUAAAAAAAAUAAAAAAUAUUGUAAAAGGGAGAGUUAAGAAAGAAAGAAUUUUUGUUACAAGUAAAGAUCGAGUUUUAACUUGAAAUUCUAUGGCUGAUAUUUUAUUUAUUGAGACUUCACAGCAAAUCCACCCUUAUUUUGGGUCAUGCAUUUUAAUAUUAACUGUUGAUAAGCAUGGCGCAAACUGCUUACUUGCUGCAUCAUUUUCUAAAGAAGCAAAGGAAGAUAACUAUCUUUGGGCAUUCAACAAAUUCAAAGCUCAAGGCUUUUUAGACCCUCUAACAAUUCUAACAGAUUCCAAUGGAAUUCAAUACAGUGCAAUAAAAGAGUGUUUUCCAAGCAGCACUAUCUUAUUUAGUUUCAUGAUGCUUGCCAAAAGUGCAGACCUCGAUGUCCCAAGAAAAGGCCGAUUUAUAGCCUCCAAAUUAGCCACUCUUAUUAAAACAGACACUGAGCAAGAGCUCACCGAGAUUUGACUUAAAUUAAUGACUGAUUUUCCUCAUUUACUUAGUAAUGAAAAGCUGCUCCAAAUUUACGAUCAAAAAGAGCAAUGGGCGAAAUAUUCCACAAGCAACUUCUUUACAGCUGGGCUAUGCAAUAAUAAACGAUUGAAAUGCAUGGAAACUUGUACAAAAGAAAUAUUAAAAAGUGUCAAAAGAGACUUAAACAUCAAAAUUUUUUCUCAAUAUGAGUAUAUGUCUAAAAAAGAUGAAGGGGCUAUAUCUGUGAAAAACGUUACUUCUCCCCAUCUUUGUUCAAAUAUAUUUCUAUCGUUCGAUCAAGGGUGAAAAAAUUGUUAAAAUAAAAUUAUAUAUUGCCAAAGCUAAGCCACAUUAAGCCAAAUUUUUUUAUCCUAUAAAUUUUUUUUCUGUCUAAAAUAUUUUAUGCCCUAGCCAAAAGAGAUGGAGUAUUUUAUAUUAUUAGCAAACAUGCAUAGAAGGUGCUGAACUGCAUGAAAUAUAGUUUGAUUUGAAAAAGGAUGGGAGAUUUAGCUUAAAAAAUGUAAGAAUUCUAGAAGAGCUAUUACUUCAUGUCAAUGGAGUUCAGUUUAUUUUCACGGAUUACUGCAUACUACGAGUAUUGACUGCAAUUAAAGACCUCGAGUACUGCAGUUUGUGCUCCAUUGUAGAAGAUGAUAUUGUUGAAAUCGGAGACGCGAGCGGAAAGCAAAUAAAAAUAUUUGAAGUAAAUCUAGAUUUUCACCUUUGCACUUGCAAAAGAACUAUGAAAUAUGGGAUACCUUGUACUCAUAUGCUUUAUGUUUGCCGAGGAAGAAAAGUAAACCUUUUUCAAUACAUUCUUGAGAAUACCUCUAAAAGAUGGCUUUUAAGCGAAAAUGUCGGUUUAACGAAUGAACAGCUACUAGAAAAAGCAGUAAAAAUGCAAAAAUAA